AUGGCGAUCAGCGUUGAUGCAGGGACGUCCGGGCUGAUGUCCGGCGCGGUGCCGGGUGUCGAUCCCCCACUGUGCCGCGCUGAUGUUUUGAGCUUUCUGGGGGUUGCCGGGCGGGAAAUGAGCCCAUUCGCCGUCGCCCUGCUGGUUUUGCUGGGGGAGAUGGCGGCCGGGGAGGGCUCCCAGUACAAGCCGUAUUUGGACAGCCUGCCACUGGACAGCAACUGUGUUUGGAAUUGGAAUGAGAGGGAAGCUGUAGAGCUCGAAGUUGGCAAUGUGCAGGUACCUCCAUACGAUCGUCGGUUGGCUCUUUCGCACUGCUAUUUGAUGGCGCAUUGA